AUGGAAAUACGAGUAUGCACUCAUUCUCACUCUGGUGGUAAUAAAGUGGACAUUAAAGACCGCAAAGUCAAGGCAAAAAGCAUUGUGUUCCACCGAAAGAAGAAUUUGCAGUAUUAUGACAUCUCUGCAAAGUCGAACUAUAACUUCGAGAAACCAUUCCUUUGGCUUGCACGUAAGUUGGUUGGCGAUCCCAAUUUAGAAUUCGUUGCAAUGCCGGCCCUGUUGCCUCCCGAGGUCAAAAUGGACAAAGACUGGCAGUUGCAAAUUGAACGCGACUUACAGGAAGCACAGGAAACUGCUUUACCUGAUGAGGAUGAAGAUCUCUAAGUUUUUGUUAACCAAACAGUUUAAAAAGUAAAAAUCAGGGAGGAACCUACACAUGUAUACACAAAGAAAGACACACACGGUAGACAGCAAAUCCACACAAAAGAACCGGCAGCGGCUUCCUAAUCAAUAUGAACUCACUAGAAGCAAGUCCAGCACACAUCCGAGCGAAACUGACCAUUAAGUCCAUUUGAAUAGAAAUACAAAUACUGUUUUUAGU